UCACGUGACAAGGGACUGACAACGAAGAGGUGGUUCCUGGCGAAGCUACCAGUUCGUUGGGUCCUGAAGGGAAGGUUUCAACAUGUCGCUGGAGGACCCGUUCUUCGUUGUUAAGGGGGAGGUGCAGAAGGCCCUGUCCCGGGCGCGGGGCCUGAUGGAGCGCUGGGAGGAGCUGCUGCAGGAGGGCACCCCCGUCAGUCGGGACGAGCUGGACUGGAGCACCAACGAGCUGAGGAACUGCCUGAGAGCCAUCGACUGGGACCUGGAGGACCUGCACGAGACCAUCAGCAUCGUGGAGUCCAACCCCGGGAAGUUUCGCCUGGGGGAGAACGAGCUGCAGGAGCGGAAGGACUUUGUGGAGAGGACGCGGCAGUCUGUCCAGGAGAUGAAGGAUCAGCUGUCGAGCCCCACGGCAGUGGCCCAGAGGGAGAAGAAAAACCGAGAGGCUCUCCUGGGGGCCACGGGGCCAGAGCACUUCGAUGGCUUGGAGCCUCACAUGGUCUCGUCCGACUCCAGCUACAUCCAUGAGCAGCAACAGCUCAUCAUACAGGACCAGGACGAUCAGCUGGAGCUGGUUACGGGCAGCAUCAGGGUACUGAAGGACAUGUCCGGUCGUAUCGGGGAUGAGCUGGAUGAGCAGGCCAUCAUGCUGGGAGAUUUCGGCGAGGAGAUGGAUCAGACUGGCUCACGGAUGGACUCGGUGCUGAAGAAGAUGGAGAAGGUUUCUCACAUGACCAGCAGUAGACGGCAGUGGUGUGCCAUUGGAGUCCUGGUGGUGGUCCUGAUCGUCGUCCUGAUCCUCAUCUUUGCACUCUGACCUUUGACCUCCGAGCUCCUCCACUUCCUACUCCUGGUUAGGAUCGGGCGUCAACGGAUGGAUGGAUGGAUGGAUGCACAGGCGGGAAAGAAGGAAACGCCCUCCUCCUUUACUCCCUCUCCUCAGUGCAAAGAGGGCAGCCCAGGCCAGAAGGCACGCAUUUCUGUCUCUGCUUUCGGCCUGGGCUGCAUUGUGACAUCAUCGUUCAUCGCCCAGUGCAAGACGCAUUCAAAUCAAGCUGAGGUGGAACGUCGUGGUUCAUGGUCAACGUGAUUUGUUUUAGACAAGAGUUCAUUUGUUGAUUUUAUUUGGGUAAAUAUGGUACUGGCGUCAUGGCGGAUGCUCACAGCAAACUGUAAAGCGUGUUAAUAACUGUUGCCUUAUUCUAUUUUUGUACAUUUUUGGUCCUGGUAUGUCAAAAAGAAAAAAAACAAACCAACAAAAUAAAAAAUAAAAAUGUUUUCAGAUGAAGUCAGCAGAGGCAAUUGUAUUAACCAUGGAAGCUAAACACAAUUUCUUGUCAGAAAUAUUAAGAGCACAAUGGCUCUUUUUCAGUGUUCUUCGUUUAUAUUGCCAUUGUAGCCCCCUGGUGGGCAAAAAAUGACUGUGCAGCAUUUUGUACAGGGCUCCAUUCAUUUUGUUGCUUUAUCUUCACAGGCUUCCAUUUUAUGAACUUCUGAUGAUGGGUGGAUAAAUAUCCAGGGGUGGCUGGAAACGGGAGGAGGGUAUUUCCGUGACAUUUCAGUUUUCUGCAGUAGGGAAGUUUGCUCUCCGUGAUGUGGCCUGGCUGUUUAUUCCAGUCGCCCACUCCUCUGUUUUCGGAAACAACGGCGCUAGUGCUGUCCCUCUAAACACCCUGCCGCAGCGUUGAACUUUGACCGAGUGCCCCUGCUCUGAGGUUCUCUACUGGGGCUGGUUCAUAGCUGCUGGACGGUUCAAUGCCUAUAUGUCAACUUCCUCACAAUGUGUUUUCUGUGGUGAAAGUAAGCCUUGGUAGAACAUCUUCCCCUUUUCUUGUGAGUUCAUAUGCCUUACGAUCAUGUAACCACUCUGGUUACAGCCGGUACACUUUUGUGUCACCACGACAUAUAAAAGGAUUUCAUAAUAUUGGUUUGUUUGCACAUGUAUCUUGUAUACUUUGUAUAUUGUAUAUCUUGACCCCGUUAAUUUCCGUGGGUUUGGUUUAGUCUACUUAUGAGUUACCGCAAUAUUUAAGGCUCCGGUAUAACUCAGGUUAGACCUAUUGAUCUCCUGUCAGUAAUAAAACUACAAAUACAAUUAAAACAGGUGGUAUAUAUUGGAUCAAAUGGGUAAAACACCAUUUCCUGUUGGGUCAAAUAUCAUAUAGGUGAACGUGAGACAUUGAUCAGUUUUUUUUUUUUUGACGAGCUUUCAAAUUGUGUUAAUGUUACCGGGAGGCAAAUGGGCCGUCAGUAGGGGCAUAGGCUACAGAGCGCGUCGUCUGUGCUUGCGUGAAGAUUAAAGCUUCUUCUUGGAGCUUUGCUUUAACACCGUUACAGAAAGAAAAGAAAAAAACUAGAUACAGGGUGGACCAUUGGGUUGUGAUAUGCUGAAAUACGGUCGGGCUUUUUUUACUUUUAGAGUCUCGUCUCUUUCCUCCUGAGCCUCACUUCGCGCGCCACUUGGUCUGUUCAUUCUGUACUAUCGCUGGCUGGACUUUUUUCCCCCUUAAUUCUCCCAAUGAUCAGUGGAUCUGCCAAAAGGUCUUUACAGUUGAUUCGCUUAAGCAACAGUUUGGUUGCCCCUGACUGUCGCAUUGUCAAACCACUGCUACGUCUCUCAGUAGGCUAUACUACUGAUUGCCAGCAUACGAUACGAUGCAACGAUACAAAAAGCUUUUUUUUCAUCAGAAUAACUGUUUGUCGCCUCGGGGAUGAAACGAACAAAUGUCCAAGCUUAUUGGCUUUGUUUCGUGCAUUGACAAAAAAAACAACUCCCUGACUGUGCGGCACGCGCCUUAAUGUAACUGCUUAGGUGGAGUUUUCCAUGUCCUUCUGCUGGCACGUGUCAGCUGUUAUUUUUGACGUAAGUUUCGGUAAUGCGCUGCCUUGCAACUGACGGCCAUUUCCUUCUUUGGUAUGGAAACAGCGAAGAUAUUGUCAGUAAAUAUUUUUUUUCAACCUUUCGGGUCUUUAAUUCCUCUUUGGUGGAGUCAUGGUUACUCACGGCUGGCGUCCCCAGCCCUUGCCUCCCACUGCCUCCCAAUUUAAUGCAUACAGUAAAAAGUACGAAAGACGGCUCAAGUCAGUUGAAUUCGUUGUUUUUAUAUACAUGCUCCAAAGCAUUUAUUAUAUUAAAUAUUUGCUUGUAGAUUGUUGGAAAACGUCACAUGCUCUUAAUAAAUGAUAAUGUGCUUUUAA